AUGAGUGAUUUCUGGCACAAGCUGGGUUGCUGCGUCGUAGAGAAAUCGCGGCAGGUGAGUCGUCCCGAAUCUCUUAGCCCAGGUGCAGAGAACAGCAGGCCAGAGAGUUGGCAAGAGUUUUUUUUAAGGAUUGAAGUUUUUAUUAUGUUUUUAGAUACAGUGGUACCUCAGUUUUCGAGCGUCUCGGAAUCCGAACGUUUCUCAAACGCCGAAAACCCGGAAGUAAUUGCUUCCAUUUUCGAACGCGCCUCAGAAGUCGGAACGGCUUCCGCUGCCUGUUUUUCCAUUUUUCCAAUUGAACUCUCAGCCAGCCCUUUGCGCCUUGGUUUUCAAAUGUUUCGGAAGUCGGACCAUCUUCCAGAAUGGAUUAUGUUAGAGAACUGAGGUACCACUCUAUACUGUAAGCCACCCAGAGUGGCUGGGGAAGCCUGGCCAGAUGUGUGGGGUAUAAAUAUUAUUAUUAUUAUUAUUAUUAUUAUUAGUUCCCCCAAGAGGGGUUGACUGCUAAGCCACUCUGGGAACUGUAGCUCUGGGAGACGAAUAGUGGGGAACAGUUGCCUGACAACUCUUCACACCUGUAACAAACUACAGUUCCCAGAAUCCUUUGGGGGAAGGCCUUGACCGUUUAGGGUGGUAUCAGAGUACAUUGAAUAUACAGUGCGACGGUGGCUUGAGAUAAUGACUGUUUUUGUUACCAACACACUGGCAAAGUUUCCUGCAGCCGUUUAUUUGGACGGAUCCUGUGGUUUUCACCUGUUUCGAUGGUACAAGGUAUAUCUUGACUGGGUUUCCCCAGCCACUCUGGGCAGCUUCCAGCGAAACGUAAAAAGGCGAUAAGACAUCAAACAUUAAGUACCGUCUCUUAAAUCACAUAGAGAUAUUUCAGUAAUUAAUCCCUAACAGAUCUAAUGAUAAAUACAGAGAAAUUGCCUUCAUCCGAUCUGCUUCCAAUAGCUCAGUUAGUAGAGCGUGAGACCCUUAAUCUUGAGGUUGUUGGUUCAAAGCCCCCAUUGGGCAAAAGAUUCCUGCGUUGCAGGGGGUGGACUGGAUGACCCCUGGGGUUCCUUUGAACUCUACAAUUCCAUGAGUCUAUCUCAGAGACAGCUAUGCUUCUGAAUACCAGUUGCUGGAAACCGCAGGAUGGCAGAGGGCUCUUGGGCUCAGCUCCUGUUUGCGGUUUUCCAACAGGGAUCUGGUUGGCUACUCUAAGAACCGGAUUCUGGACAAGAGAUGGGCCCCCUUUGGCUUGAUCCGGCAGCCAGGCUCUUUUGGUGUUCCUGUGGAACCUCCAGCUCCAGAGGCAGUCUAUCCAGAUUUCCAGGUUCUUAGAAUAGAAUAGAAUAGAAUAGAAUAGAAUAGAAUAGAAUAGAAUUUAUACCCCACCCAUCUGGCUGGGUUUCCCCAGCCACUCUGGGCGGCUUCCAACAAAAUAUUAAAAUACAGUAGUCCAUCAAACAUUAAAAGCUUCCCUAAACAGGGCUGCCUUCAGAUGUCUUCUAAAAGUCUGGUAGUUGUUUAUCUCUUUGACAUCUGGUGGGAGGGCGUUCCACAGGGUAGGCGCCACCACCGAGAAGGCCCUCUGCCUGGUUCCCUGUAACUUGGCUUCUCGCUGGGAGGGAACCGCCAGAAGGCCCUCGGCACUGGACCUCAGUGUCCAGGCUGAACAAUGGGGGUGGAGAUGCUCCUUCAGGUCUACUGGACCGAGGCCGUUUAGGGCUUUCAAGGUCAGCACCAACACUUUGAAUUGUGCUCGGAAACGUACUGGGAGCCAGUGUAGGUCUUUCAAGACCGGUGUUAUGUGGUCUCUGCGGCCACUCCCAGUCACCAGUCUAGCUGCCACAUUCUGGAUUAGUUGUAAUUUCCGGGUCACCUUCAAAGUAGCCCCACGUAGAGCGCAUUGCAGUAGUCCAAGCGGGAGAUAACCAGAGCAUGCGUCACUCUGGCGAGACAGUCCGGUUCUUAGGGGCAUUUGGCCUCUGUGAGAACAAGGGGGGCUGGACUUGAUGGACCCCCUUUGGCCUGACCCAGCAGCCGGACUCUUCCAAGUGGCGCUUUCAAUGCGCCAAAGGCUUUGCUUGCCUUCUGGCUCAGGCGAAGCCCGUUCCCGUGUUUCCUCGACUCUGGUGGUGAUGUUUUCCUUCCGCCCUGUUCCUCCCUCUCCCCCCGCAGCCGAAGAAGACGCGGCGGAGAAUCGACCGCAGCAUGAUAGGGGAGCCCAUGAAUUUCGUCCACCUGACGCACAUCGGGUCCGGAGACAUGGCGAACGAGGGUCUCCCCAUGGUAAACCUCUGUUCUCUUUGGCGGUUCGGUUUGGGUUCGGAAGGAGUUGGGCGUUUCUACACAGCAGAUACAAACCUUCCCCAUCCACUUUAGCAAAUGGCAGGAAGUGGGUUUUUCAUUAGGUUCUAUGAGGAAGGAAAGGUUUGCCCUCGCCUGCCCUCUAGCGGCUGUUUGAGGGCGACAGCCAAACCGGCCUCAUUUUUAAUUUUGGUUUUGUAAAGUUUUUUUUAAAAUUUCAUUUUAUAACGUAUAUAAACCAGAGAGAGCAGUUGCAGCCACAGAUGCAAAUCUAAAGAGGAGAAACAAAACUGUAAAUCAGUCAUGUAGAAUGAGUUCAGUUGCACAUGCGUUUAAAAAAACAACAACCAAAAUCCCAAACAUUUUCAGGCUUGUGAUGUGGACUGGUUUAGCUGUAAAGGAACGCAUAAUCAUAUUUAAAGUGUCUGUUGCUUCUGGUCCUUGUCAAUAUCUCAAAUUAUGCAUAAUUUGCUCUAUUAUACCAAUAUUGCAAAGCGAGCAAUACCAAGUGCAAAAUUCUGGGCUGUUUUCUUACUAGCCCAUCCGCCAAGAUCAUAUAUAAGGCCAGUUCUUUUGACAUUAUAUCUCUCUUGGUAUCAUCAGAAAUAUUUGACGGCAUUAAUUUUGGACAGCAAACCCUCGGUUCUUUAGUAUUUUUCUGAAAAAUUAUUUAUACAUUUUUCCAUUGCAAAUUUUCACAUUCCAUUCAAUUUAUUCAUACAAUCAGAAUCAUCGGCUUCCCCUUCUGUGGUUCUGUAUAUAUACCCAUUACGGCUGCAUUUUUAAAUUGCUCCAUAAAUUCUUUUGUUCUCCUUCCGCCUCGUAUCUUUAUAUACUCUAAACUGCUGAGUUUACUGCCACCCUGCUAAAGUUUAACCUGUUAACAUGAUUCUUCAAAUAUCCUGCAAACAUUUUCCUCUCUUCUUCAAACACUCCAUCUUCCUGAUUUCUUUAGUAAUAUUAGGGUUGCCAUAUUUCAAGAAAUCCGGACACAAAGGUUGUUGAGCUUUUUGGGGGGAAUUGCCUAAAGAAAGCUCUUUUUUUUGGAAAUUGUUCAAUUUUUUAAGGAAAGUUGCUGAGCUUUUUUAAGGAAAAAACCCAGACGUAUGGCAACCCUCGUAAUAUUUACCAUUUGUGUCAAAGUUAAAUUCCCGCCAUAAAGGAUGAGCUGUUCUGAGCUUACUGCAACCCCUUCAACAAUGAGGUGAGAUGGAAGAGGACGUUUUUGACAUUUGCCAGGGAACAGAGAGCCUAUUAAACAGGAUCAAAAGCUGCAGCAGACAGAUUUUGACAGUUUCAGAACUCCAGGGCUGGCAGAAUCUGGGCUUGCCACAGCCUGCCCUCCCCUUUUGCAAACAUGCCUCUGUGUGCUCCUGGGCUUCCUCGACCAGCUGGCGCUGAGAGUCUUGUGUGCGAAAGGGAGAUCCGAACGGCAGCCAGACGCCGCGCCCUCGCUUCUCCAGCUGAGAUAGCGCCAGCCAAAAACCCUCCCUGCCUUCGCCACCCCGACCGCUGCCACCCCCAGUGCCAGAUUUACCUAUAAGCUAAAGAAGCUAUAGGGCCCCACUCUCUUGGGGACCCCCAAAAAAUUUAAAGGGGGGGAAAACUGGAUGUACAUUUGCAAAAUAUAAGAGAAAAAACAAAUAAAAUAAAACCUACAUACAGCAACCGUGUUUUGUGUUGUGUAGGCUCCUAGGAUGUAAGUCAUGGGCUAGCGAGUUCUUCCUGAUCCUUAGUCCUAACCUCGACCUCUUUCUCUCUCUUCCAUCAGACGGGUGCAAUGCAUGAAAUGAGAUCCAAAUGCGGCCGAGAUCGACAGUGGAGCAGCUCCCACGUUUUGUAG